CCUUUGACCAUAAACAAGCUCAGUUCUCCUGAAACACCUUUUUCUCUCUCUCACAAUUCAGAUAAACACAGAGUAAAGCCGAAGCUUGUGUUGGUCAAAAAAUCAGAAUGGGGUGUAAGUCAUCAGAUAGUCCUAAGCCAAAGCACAGAAAGGGAUUAUGGUCACCUGAAGAAGACCAAAGGCUGAGAAACUACAUUCUCAAACAUGGCCAUGGCUACUGGAGUUCUGUCCCCAUAAACGCCGGUUUGCAAAGGAAUGGAAAGAGCUGCAGAUUAAGGUGGAUAAAUUACUUAAGGCCAGGGUUAAAGAGAGGGACAUUUACUAAACAAGAGGAGGAGACAAUCCUAACCCUUCAUCACAUGUUAGGCAACAAGUGGUCUCAGAUUGCACAACAUUUGCCUGGAAGGACAGACAAUGAGAUAAAAAACUUCUGGCAUUCUUAUUUGAAGAAGAAAGUGGCCAAAGAUGAUGAAGAUCAAGAUCAAAUGGAACUAGCUCAAAGCAAGUCUCAGUACACAAGUACUUCAAGCUCAGAUCAUAACUUAGAUCAGCCUUCACCAUGUUCUGAAAAGCUCACAAGCACCCAAAUUCCAAGUUACAAUGAAUCUCCAAUAUUAGUUCCACAGAUUUAUCAUCAAAGUCAAAGACCUAGCCCCUUGCCAAAGAUUUUGUUUGCUGAGUGGCUUUCACUAGACCAUGUUCAAGGGGGUAGCAUUGGAAACAAUACUGGCAUUGAUCAACAUGACUAUAAUCCGCGAGCAGAUCAUGGGCUUGGACACAGUUACUCAUUCAAUAAUGAGGCAACAUUUGGCAGUAGUGGCUUCCAUCAUGGUCCGGCUACACAUGAGAUAAUGAACUCACAAUUUAGAUAUGAUCCUCAGGAUCAGAUUCCAGGAACUGGAUUUGCUGAUUUUAUAUCUGGGGGUGAUUUAUGUAGUGAUUUUACCUUGCAUAAUGAUGUGAUGUAUAUAUAAGGGGGUGAAAAAGUAACCUCUAAUUAUGUUUCUAUACAAUAGUAAGAUUAGAGAGAUUGAA